AUGAGCGGCUCCUCGGGCACCCCGUACCUGGGCAGCAAGAUCAGCCUCAUCUCCAAGGCGCAGAUCCGCUACGAGGGCAUCCUCUACACCAUCGACACGGACAACUCCACCGUGGCGCUCGCCAAAGUGAGGUCCUUUGGUACUGAAGACCGUCCCACAGAUAGGCCUGCCCCCCCUAGAGAGGAGAUUUAUGAGUACAUCAUCUUCCGGGGAAGUGAUAUCAAAGAUAUUACUGUGUGUGAACCUCCGAAAGCUCAGCACACGCUCCCCCAGGAUCCUGCUAUCGUUCAAUCUUCCCUGGGCUCGGGCUCGGCCUCCUCCUUCCAGCCACACGUGCCUUACAGCCCCUUCCGAGGGAUGCCACCCUACAGCCAGCUGGCCGCCAGCUCCCUGCUUAGCCAGCAGUAUGCCGCUUCCUUGGGUUUAGAGAAGUUGGUAAGCCCUCCAGCCUCAGCCGCGGCUUCCAGCCCUAGCUCUUCUCCAUCUCCACAACCUGUUUCAGAGCUUGACAUGUCCUCAGAGCCACACCAGCUCACUUCCAAGGGAGCCAGCUUUCCAUCUGUCUCAGUUGGCAAGAGCCCCAUGGUGGAGCAGGCUGUCCAGACUGGAUCUCUUGAUAACUUGAACUCCAAGAAGCUAUUACCUGGCAAGGGCACCGUGGGCAUGCAGCUCAAUGGCCGCCCGGCCCCACCCGGCAGCAAGGCCACCCCCGAUGUAGCUCAGCCGGCAGCUGUGCAAACUCAAGGGCAGGUGAACGACGAGAACAGAAGACCUCAGAGGAGGCGCUCAGGUAACAGACGAACAAGGAACCGCUCCAGAGGGCAAAGCCGUCCAACUAACAUCAAGGAAAACACAAUCAAGUUUGAAGGUGACUUUGAUUUUGAGAGUGCAAAUGCCCAGUUCAACCGAGAAGAGCUGGACAAGGAAUUUAAGAAGAAACUGAAUUUUAAAGAUGACAAAGCUGAGAAGGGGGAAGAGAAGGACCUGGCCGUGGUGACCCAGAGUGAAGAGGCCCCUGCUGAGGAGGACCACUUGGGACCCAACUGCUACUAUGACAAGUCCAAGUCCUUCUUUGACAACAUCUCCUCUGAACUCAAGACCAGUUCCAGGCGGACGACGUGGGCGGAGGAGAGGAAGCUCAACACGGAGACCUUUGGGGUGUCAGGGAGGUUCCUCCGAGGCCGCAGUUUCCGCGGUGGAUUUCGAGGGGGCAGGGGCAACGGUGCAACCCGCCGUAACCCGACUUCCCACAGAGCUGGGACCGGCAGGGUGUAA